UAGCUCGGUCGCUAACGUUAAUGUUAUCGCUUGAUAUGUUUGACUUUUAUUGGGUGAUUGAGACGUCGAUUAGCCUGAAUAAUUUAACAUCUUGCAAGUAUUUAACGCCAGCUAACGUUAGCUUAAAUUGUAAUGGAAAAAGUUAGUCAAUUUCUUUUUUUUAAUCGACCCUCCACUUUCUCUCGAUAAUACUUGACGUGAUUUGAGAGAGGACAGAGCCCCAUCCCUCAUACUGAGCGUUCACGAUCUUUUUCAAGACAAAAAGAAGAUGUUGGGUUGACACAACAACUGGGUUAAAAGAGAGAUCAGAGCAGAUCAGAGAUGAAGUUCUCUGUCAACUUAAACCGUUAACUAAGUUAACUGCUUUCUGGUUGUUUUACCUCUCCAUGGCCACAAUGCAGGGACAGUGAUAAUGACGUCUCAAACAAGAGAUGUGGAUGGGAAAGUUCCUGCCAAAAGCUAACUGCAAUUACAAAUCAUCCCUUGGCAACUCCCUAGAGUGGUGCUACUGUUGCUGCUUCACCACAUAAUCCAUCAUGUCAUUACCAAAGGAGUCAGGGAACCGAGGGAAAGAUCGAGAGAGGGGGGCCCGUCCCAAGGUGAGACAGAGCCGGUCAGAGGAGAGACGAGAUGCAGGUGGUGGACGGAAGGGUGGAAAGGGGAAGAAAAAAGGCCUUGCCUCCCAUGAACCAGCAGCUGAGAGGCCUGUCAGUGAUGGCUUUGAGUAUGGUGAGCUGUUGAGUGACCCAGAGACCAGGGACCAAUCUUCCUCUCCUCUGAGGGAGAGUUGGAGAUGGCAGGGUUUGGAAGUCGCUGUCUCAUUACUAGAACAAGAACGGGUAACAGCCAGGCCAGGGCUGGAAACAGUUAGCUCUGCUACAGAGUUACCUGCACCCAGUGAAGGUGAGGGCAGAGGGGCAAGCAGCAGUCGCACUCUCCGGCAAAAAAUCCAAGAUGCAAUGGGGCAGUGUUUCCCAAUAAAGACACACAGUGCGGCGGCACCAGCAACGCCUCCACAGGCUCUUCCAUCAUCCACUGCCUGUGCCUCCUCAAGGCGCAAGAUCCACCUCAGUGAGUUAAUGUUGGAUGACUGCCCGUUCCCUGUAGGAUCAGAGCUGGCUCAGAAGUGGUAUCUCAUAAAGCAACACACAGCCCCCAUUACCCAGCAUCCCAUGCUUGAUUCUGCAGUAGUGUGCAGUGCCCCUACUUCAGCCAUGGCUACUGUGGUGGAGGACGUAGAUGACAGGUUGCGAGAGCGCAGGCGCAUCAGCAUCGAACAAGGUGUUGAGCCACCACCCAAUGCAGAGAUCCACACAUUUGAGGUGACUGCCCAAAUUAACCCUCUCUACAAGCAUGGCCCUAAGCUGGCUCACGGUAUGAAUGAGUUAGCCGGGGCUGACCGAGCCUCCGUUCAUCAGCAACAGCAGCUUCUUCUCCAAAGACAGCAGCAGCACCAGCUCCUACUACAGAGCUGUUUGGACACUCUGGAUGAGGUGGUGGCCUCAGCCUCAGCCUCUGUCCACACCUGUGAUACUAUUUCUGACCCUCUGGUUGACCCAGAGGUUACAGCGACCAGCAUGCCUUCUAGGGCCAUACUUCCUCAGACUGAGCAGCACAAAUCUCAGGAUGGCUACCGCAUUCACACUCAGAUUGAUUACAUUCACUGUUUAGUUCCAGACCUGCUGCAGAUCACCAACCUCCCGUGUUACUGGGGGGUCAUGGACCGCUACGAGGCAGAGACGCUGCUGGAGGGAAAGCCUGAAGGCACCUUCCUCCUGCGCGACUCUGCCCAGGAAGACUACCUCUUCUCUGUUAGCUUCCGCCGCUACGGCCGCUCGCUACACGCACGCAUUGAACAAUGGAACCACAAUUUUAGCUUUGACGUGCACGACCCCAGCGUCUUCCACGCUCCCACAGUUACAGGAUUGCUGGAGCACUACAAGGACCCCAACUCCUGCAUGUUCUUCGAGCCCCUGCUGUCCAACCCCAUCCACCGCACACAGCCCUUCACCCUGCAACAUAUCUGCCGAGCGGCCAUAAGUAGCUGCACCACCUACGAUGGCAUUAACAUGCUUCCCAUUCCAAAUGCUUUGAAAAAGCACCUGAAAGAAUACCACUAUAAGCAGAGAGUACGUGUACGGCGAAUGGAUACCUGGUGGGAAUGAAGAACAACAAAAAAUUGACUAAAAGAAACAUUUACAUUUUUAAGUCCCCAAACUGAACAGAACAAUGAGUCUAAAAUCUAUCUGGCUGUAUUAACGUACACGGCACUGUACUUAUUUAUUUUAUUCCUGCUGUACACAUCUUAACAAUUGUACUAAACUACACUGAUGAGACGGUAUGUAAUCUCACUGAUCUUGUACACUCAAAGUUCUUUAUGCUCAAAUUAAAAAAACUAAUUUAGAUAUGUGGAGUUCAGAGAACUACCCUCACACAUCA